AUGCCGCAUCAACCGCCCGUCGAAACGGCGGUUUCGGCGCCUGGCAAAGUGCUUCUGACUGGAGGCUAUCUGGUUCUCGACCGGAAAUACAAUGGCACGGUAUUGGCUCUCGACGCACGAAUCCAUGUUAUUGUACAACAAUUGCCUAUGGGACGGUCGAGCAGGGGCGCAAGGUUCAACGCAGGUACGUCGGAGAAUGCGGUUGGGAAUGCCUCUGCAGACGGGGACACUACUAUGGGUGGAAACGCCAAAGCCCCAGUGGAGGAGGAACCAGAAGAAGUUGUGAUUGUGAAGUCACCUCAGUUUCUAGAUGCCGUGUGGGAAUACCGGAUUCAGAGAGUAGGUGAUGGCGGAGGAGUCUUAGUUCAGCAGAUGAACGCUGGACCACGAAAUAUCUUCGUGGAAACAGCACUAAACUACACGCUCACAUACAUCAGCUAUAUCGCGGCAUCCAAGAACUUUGGAUCUCUCGCGAUUACAAUUCUCGCAGACAACGACUACUAUUCCGAAACCGUGGCAUCUUCUACACCGUAUAGAGGGAGCCACUUUUCGAAAUUUGGAGUGAAGUUGCAAGACGCCCACAAAACCGGUCUCGGAUCGUCUGCUGCCCUUGUUACUGCUUUGGUAUCCGCGGUUGUCAUCCAUCGCACUGUGCAACCCGAGGAACUGGCGUCUGUGCGGGAUAAAUUACACAACCUCGCUCAGGCAGCUCAUUGCGCAGCGCAAGGCAAGGUCGGCUCUGGAUUUGAUGUUGCUGCGGCGGUGUACGGAUCCUGUCUCUACCGGCGUUUCUCGCCCUCUAUUCUGGGCGGGCUGGGGGAAGCCGGGUCGGCGCAGUUUGAAGGCCGGCUGUUUGCGGUGGUGGAGGACCUGAACACGGAGACGCCGUGGGAUACGGAAUGCGUGGACUUUGGGUUCCGGCUGCCGCGGGGGCUGCAGAUGGUGCUCUGCGACGUGGACUGCGGGUCACGGACGCCGGGAAUGGUGCAGAAGGUGCUGGAGUGGCGGGCGCAGAACCCCGAGGAGGCGGAGAUGCUGUGGAAUGGGCUGCAGCGCAACAACGAGAAGCUGCGGCAGGAGCUCAAGCGGUUGGCGCAGGCUCGCGGGAUGCUGGUGAACUACGACGAGCUGCGCAGCCUGAUCGCACGCACGCGCAUGUGGAUCAAGACGCUGACGAACAAGUGCGGCGUGCCCAUCGAGCCGGAGGUGCAGACGGAGCUGCUGAACGCGCUGUCGCAGGUGGACGGGGUGGUGGGCGGCGUGGUGCCGGGCGCGGGCGGGUACGACGCGAUCGCGCUGCUGGUGAAGGACGACCCGCUGGUGAUAGACGCAGUACAGGAGCUGGUGGACGGCUGGACGAGCGCGGUGGACGACGACUUUGGCGGGCACAUCGGGCGCGUGCGGCUGCUGGGCGUGGGCUGCGGCUUCGAGGGCCUGAAGAACGAGCUGCCGAUGCGCUACAGCGGCUGGAUCUGA